AUCAUCCACUUUUAGGAUAAAAAAAAGAACGAAAUAACAAGAGAGGAAGAUGAACGGAUAGAUGCAUCUUCUUCUCGUUCGACCCAAAAAUGUCUCCUCAACUUCAAUUCGAAACCAGAGAUACAGCCUCAUCAAUCUCUUGCAGUCUCCCUCAACAACUACCAGACAACUCAAGCAAAUCCAUGCCCAACUACUCCUCCGUAACUCGCUUGCUCGUUCACUUCUCUACCUCCACAAUUCCAUGCUCUUGGCGUAUGCCAAUUCACCGACGCCCAACGAUGCUUUUGCCUUCUUCGCUACCCAAAUGCGCCAUCUGCCCUGGGACAAGUACACGUUGCAGUUCCUUCUCAAGGCUUCUUCCAAGUCUAAGUCUCUUUUCCAUGCUACCCAUGUCCAUUUGACGACUAUAAAGCGUGGCUUUACUUCUUAUACGACUCUCAUGAAUGCAAUUUUAUGUUGCUAUGGUAUGUGUGAUCGGCUUCAGGAUGCACUGAACCUAUUUGAUACAAUGCCUCAACGGGACAUUGUCUCUUUCAAUUCCAUGAUUCACAAUUAUGCUGAAUCAGGAAACAUGGAUGAUGCAUUUCGGAUUUUCCAACAAGUUCCUUCACCAAAUGUCAUUACUUGGACUACCUUGGUAUUUGGGUUCUCUAGUAAUGGAGAUGUAUCAGCAGCUCGAGAGGUUUUUGAACGGAUGCCAGAGACAGAUGUGGUUUCUUGGAAUGCCAUGAUCUCAAGCUAUGUGCAGAACCACGAUCCAUUUGAGGCCUUGCAAUUGUUCCGUGGGAUGUUGACCGAGAAUUUUAAACCCAAUUCUACUACUGUCUGCAGCGUGCUAUCGGCUUGUGGGUGCCUUGGAACUCUGGAGACAGGGAAAUGGAUUCAUGUUUUCAUUAAUAAGAGUCGGUUUCGGUUGGAUCCAUUCUUGGGUUCUGCACUUAUUGACAUGUACUUCAAAUGUGGGGUCACGGAGUUGGCUGUGGAGGUUUUCGGGUGUUUGAAGGAGCAAAAUUUGUGUACUUGGAAUGCCCUUAUCAAUGGGUUGGCCAUGAAUGGCCAUGCUGAAAAAGCACUGGAUAUGUUCAAUAAGAUGAUGAUUGAUAAUGGGUUUAGACCUGACGAGGUCACAUUUGUGGGAGUGCUCUUGGCCUGCAGUCAUGGGGGGUUUGUAGAAGAAGGCAGAAGGCACUUCUAUAGGACCAUGAAAGAAUAUGGAAUUGCCCCAGCAUUGGAACAUUAUGCUUGUAUGGUGGAUCUUCUUGGUCGUUCUGGUCUAUUGACAGAAGCUGAAGAGGUUAUAAGAAAUAUGCCAAUCACACCAGAUGUGGUUGUUUGGAGGGCUUUGCUGGGAGGUUGUAGACUUCACAAGAAUGUUGAAUUGGCAGAAAAAGUUGUUUUAGAAAUGGAAGCUCAGGGUAGUGGAGACUAUGUGCUUCUGUCGAACUUGUAUGCCUCAGUUGGGAGAUGGGAAGAUGUUGAGAAAAUUAGGAAGAUCAUGAAGCAUAGAAAGAUCAAGAAGACACCUGGUUGUAGUUCAAUUGAGGUUGAUAACACAAUUCAUGAGUUUAUCUCUGGUGACAAGUCACACCCUAGAUAUGCAGUGAUUUGUAAAAAGUUGGAGGAACUGGGAAUUAAGAUGAGUCAAGAUGGCUAUUCUGGUGAGACUUCUGUAGUGUUGUUUGAUAUAGAGGAGGAAGAGAAAGAGCAGGCACUUGGUCAUCACAGUGAAAAAUUGGCAAUUGGAUUUGGUCUUAUCAGCACAGCACCAGGAUCUACCCUACGGAUUGUGAAGAAUCUUAGGUUUUGCACCGAUUGUCACAAUGCUACCAAGUUGAUAUCAAAGAUCUGCAACCGGGAAAUAGUGGUUCGUGACCGAACCAGGUUUCAUCAUUUCAAAAAUGGAAUUUGUAGUUGCAAGGAUUAUUGGUAGGAAAGAGCAAACCAGUUGUCCGAGAAUGGAUAUACUUGUG